AUGACUCAAUCAAGUGACGCAGAGAGGAUAUAUCUGCUUGAGCGCCAUGAGAAGGAAUUGCAGCGUCUUACAGCACAGCAUGAUUUCAUCAAAUUGAACACACAAGACCAUCUGCUCGCCCCUCAACUUCUCAGCGGACAGAAGAACCUGAAAGUGCUUGAUUCCGGAUGUGCAGACGGUCUCUGGUUGCGUGAAUUGGCUGAGCGACUUAGCGGCCAAGAACCCCAGCUACACGGUGUUGAUAUAUCGCCAGCGCUGUAUCCGUCCAAGGAAUCUCAGGUCACAUCUAACAUAGAUUUGCGGGUCCAUAACAUCUCACAACCUUUUCCGUCUGACUGGCACUGGGAAAACUCGUUUGAUAUCAUCCACCAGCGCUUGCUGAUUUGGGGCAUACAAGUGCCACAAUGGCCGGCCGUGCUGAGGAACCACUUUCAGAUCUUGAAGCCCGGCGGGUACAUUCAGCUCGCUGAGGUAGAGUGGAUACCACAAGGCGGUUUCCCGGAUGAUCGCCCACAGCUACAGCGUAUGGGAAAGUUGCAGACAUGGUUUUCCGAAAAGAACGGCAUGGACUUUGACAUUACGCGUAAGCUAGGUGGUUUGUUGAAAGACGUUGGUUUCGAGUCGGUCGACACCCUGGAUUUCCCCCUCAAUUAUGGAUCAUUGGCACCGCCGGAAUGGAGAACUCCUUCAUCUAAGUUCUCUACAGAGGUGUUCGCAGGUCUAGCCAAUAGGAUGGAUGGCAAAAGCAUCCCUGGUGUCGCCUCAACACCGGAGGAGUUCCUUGCUUUCUUGAGCGAGCUUAAGGACGACAUUUACGAGUUCGGCUAUCAACCCCGAAUCAGUUUCGUGUUUGGACGAAAGCCAGCUAUUUGA